AUGGCAGCAGAGAUCACCGGUAGAACAAGGCCAACGAAGCUGAAGAAGCAGCAGCAGCGGACGAACAACAAGCGCAAACGGGACGAUGUCGACAUCGAAACCCUCGAGGCGCAAGUCGAGGAACUGGAUCCCAAGGCGACACAGACGAACUUCUCUGACUUGCCUUUGUCAGGACCAACGAUGGAAGGGUUGAAGAGUGCCUCAUUCACCACCUUGACAGACAUCCAAUCGAAGGCAAUAUCGCUCGCACUAAAAGGCAACGAUAUCCUGGGAGCGGCCAAGACGGGCAGUGGGAAGACUUUGGCCUUUUUAGUACCGGUGAUUGAGAAUUUGUACCGCUCACAAUGUGUUGGUGCCGAUGCUGGAUUAGGUGCCAUGGUCAUCGCUCCUACCCGCGAGCUGGCCUUCCAGAUCUUCGACGUCCUGUGCAAGAUCGGCAGAUACCACAAUAUCGCCGCAGGUGUGGUUGCUGGAGGCAAGAGCUUCAAGGAGGAGGCUGAUGCACUUGCGAGGAUGAACAUCGUAGUAUGUACGCCUGGGAGGAUACUGCAGCAUCUUUCGCAGACGGCAGCGUUCAGCGUGGACAACCUGCGAAUGUUGGUACUAGACGAGGCAGACAGGAUUCUGGACAUGGGCUUUUCGAAGGACGUGGAUGCUAUCAUAGAGUAUCUGCCACCGGACCGACAAACUCUCCUCUUCAGCGCCACCCAGACGAAAAAGGUUGGCGAUCUUGCUCGUCUAAGCUUGAAGGACCCGGAGUAUGUCUCCGUGCACGAGAAAGCCACAGCGUCCACUCCGCAGAACCUUAAGCAGAACUACAUCGUUGUCCCACUAUCGCAAAAGCUUGAUACGCUAUGGUCCUUCAUCACGGAGAAGAGUUCGAAGCACAGCAAAAUUCUGGUCUUCCUCUCAAGCACGAAACAGGUCCGAUUCGUGUAUGAAGCUUUCCGGCAUAUGCAGCCCGGUAUACCUUUACUACACCUCCACGGACGUCAGAAGCAAUCAGUACGCCUGGACACCGUCGAUCGCUUUCGACGAGCUAAGUUCAGCUGCCUAUUCGCUACAGAUGUUGUGGCCCGUGGUGUGGACUUCCCUGCUGUAGACUGGGUCGUGCAGGUGGAUGGCCCUGAGGACGCCGAUACUUACAUCCAUCGUGUCGGCCGCACAGCACGAUAUGAACGAGAGGGCCGCGCAGUCAUGUUUCUGGACCCGAGCGAGGAGGAAGGUAUGCUGAAGCGACUCGAGGCCAAGAGGGUGCCGAUUGAGAGGAUCAAUGUUCGCGCGAAGAAACAGACGAGUAUCAAGAACCAGCUACAGGGAAUGUGUUUCCAGGACCCACAGCUGAAGUACCUUGGCCAGAAAGCAUUCAUCACGUAUACGAAAGGGUUGCAUGUUCAGAAAGAUCGGGAAGUCUAUGACUUGCAGAAGUACGAUCUUGAAGGAUAUGCAGCGAGUCUGGGGCUUUCGGGUGCGCCACGCAUUCAAUUCCACAAGGCUGAUGCGGAGGAGGCGAAAAGGAGGAAGAAUGCUAGUAGGUCUGAGGCACUGGCUGAUGACAGUGACGACGAGGACGGAGCUGUGAAGGAGAAGAAUGCUGUCCGAACGAAGUAUGAUCGCAUGUUUGAGAGGAGAAAUCAGGAUGUGCUGGCGGAGCAUUAUGCUAAGAUAGUUGGGAAUGAGGAUGAUGUGGAGGAUGGGGCAGAGGAUGAGGAUCUAUUUGAUGUUAAGAGGAGGAUACCUAUCGACGAGGAUGUGCAGUCGCUUGAUGAAGACGACGAAGGCGAAGAGAUUGAAGGGCCAGCGACCAAUGGCGACCCCACAGCCCGCACAAUCAACAUCUCAGGCGCCUCGCAGCCUCUGGUCUUAGACUCGAAACGACGAGAGAAGCUUCUCAAGUCGAAGAAGAAGCUCCUCAAGCUCAAAGACAAGGGUAGCAAGAUCGUUUUCGACGACGAUGGGACAGCUCACCAGAUCUACGAGCUCGAGGACGAGGAAGCUUUCCGUGCUCGCGGUGCUAUCGACGAACAGAGGAGGCAAUUUGUUGAUGCGGAGGCUGAGCGCGUACGAGAGGCGGAUCAGCUUGAUAAGGUGGCGGCGAAGGAGAAGAAGAAGGCGAAGCGGGAGAAGCGGAAGCAGCGGGAACGUGAGGCUGAGGGAGCGGAUGAGGAGGGUCGUGUAGCGGUGGGUGGGGAUAAAGAUGCAAUGGCGAACUUUAUUGCUGAUGCUGGGGUCGGAAGUGAGGAUGAGGAUGAUGAGGGUGGGGAGGAGCAGCCGAGAAAGAAGGCUAGGAAGUGGUUUCAGAGGGAUCUGCCGGUGGAAGAGGAGGAGGUGGGGAGGGAGAUCGAGACGUUUGAUGAGCUUGAAGCUGAGGCUGCAAAGCUGUUGCGGUGA